AUGAUGCCUUCCACUGCUAAUCUGUUCCACGUCAUUGAACACGUUGUUCCUUGUCAGUACAUUAGAGAAUACCCUGGAGCCACCAUAAAUGGACAAACCGAUGUUUUGGAGUUGUCAGUCAAACAAUACAUCCCAAUCGACAAUCUGACCCCGCAACAUGGUGACGUGACUAUACUGGCUGCGCACGCCAAUGGGCUUCCCAAGGAACUUUACGAACCUCUCUGGGAAGAUCUUUACCGUUGUUCAAAGUCCCAGGGUUUCCGUAUCCGAGCGAUUUGGAUUGCGGAUGUAGUAAAUCAGGGGCAAAGUGGUGUCCUUAAUGAAGGAGUCCUAGGAAACGACUGGGGGAAAGCAAAUUGGUUUGAUCAUUCUCGCGACCUUCUCCAUCUUGUCAACCUCAAACAAUCCGAGAUGCCACAACCAAUAAUUGGUGUUGGACACAGUAUGGGCGGCUUUCAUUUAGCGCAUCUAAGCUUGAUGCAUCCCCGGCUUCUUCACAGCAUUAUCCUCAUAGACCCCAUCAUCCAACGCGAGAGAACGCCACUUAAAGAAAACCGGUAUAUCGAACUCAGCGAAAUGGCCACUCAAUUUUCAGGACUUUCCAUAGUCCGACGCGACCAAUGGCCUUCCCGCAAAGCAGCAGCCGAAAGCUUCCAACGCAGUCGAUUUUACCAAGGCUGGGACCCACGAGUGCUCGAGAAAUGGAUCAAGUUCGGCCUACGCGAUACCCCCACAAUGACCUACCCUUUGCACGAUGAAAUACUACCCGACACCGAUGCAGACGGUCCGCCGGUUACGCUGACAACCACUCGUCAUCAAGAAGUAUUUUCCUUUACAAGGCCGAUAUAUGACCAUGCAGGCUGUCGUGGCAGCCACGAAACACAUCCAGACCUUGAUAAGAACAUACCAGAGUCAUCCCGGUUUUACCGCCCCGAGCCACCUCAAAUCUUUGCGCAGCUUCCUUUUCUCAGACCAAGCACAUUUUACAUAUUUGGUGGUCGAUCAAAUAUCUCUCUUCCUGCUCUAAGAGCAGAUAAGAUCAAACAUACCGGUACGGGGCUGGGUGGCAGUGGAGGCGUUGCGAAUGGUCGUGUUCGGGAAGCUUUUUUGGAACAAGCUGGGCACCUCAUUCCCCAAGAAACUCCCCGUGAAACUGCAGAGCUUAUCUCCCUUUGGUUGCGCCCCGAGCUGGAUCGCUGGCGAUCGGAAGAGGAAGCUUUCCGUGCUUUGUUCGAUCGCACUACCACCAUCGAAAAAGUCACCUCUUGCGACCAAUGGAACGGACUCUGGCCCAAUUUACGACCACAGCGCCACGAGAAAAAGGCUACAGUGUCGAGGCUGUAG